AUGAAUAGAAAUAAAAAGAUAUUCUUGUGAGUCAAAUCAGCUCGAUUCUUGCGAUGCAAUACAUCUGAGCACAUUAUAGGCGUUACAUAUAUCUUUGGAUGAGAUAUGAUUGGAUCAACAGUUGGUUAGAGAAUCGAUUCUAAGCAAGAACCCUAUUUAAUGAUCACUGAGCAUAAACAUCGAACUGACUAAAGAUAAUGACAUUUCCGCAUGUGCACUUUCAUUAAUUUCAUUUGGAGAAUAAAGCAAAAUAAUAAUUUUCAGUUGAAAAUGGAUCAAAUUAAGAAAAGAAUAUUGGAGUUUUAAAUGUGAUAUAAAGACGUCAUAAGGAUGCGGUGCUUUACGAUUUUUCGGGCCCUGUUCGUUCGGACUUUGUUCGGCGCUCAUGGGCUGAUUGCUAUUUGGCGCCUGUACAUGGUGAUCGGAGAUAUAUGGUGUUGGUAUCUAACAGUGGCGCUAUUGGGCCUCCUCAUUGAAACCAUUGUAACUCUAGCCGUCAAACGCGGUAAAGAAUGGAAAUGGUUUUGUCCCAGUGUGUUCUUUUACCUGGCCAGCGUGGUACCCGCCAUUUGGUUCCUAGAACUACACGCCAUGGAGGAAAGAAUUUCCGAGAAGGCGGAGAAAGAUAUGUUAAAUGUUUCCUCUAUUAUCCACAACAUUACGGAGGAGAAUCUGAAGAUUAGCAUCAAAGACCUGGGGAUCGAUUUUAGUUUCCCUUUGUCCUUGACCGCUGACCUCUGGUUGCGAGUGUUAGAACAGUUUCUCUUGUUGAUGCUGAUAGUCGGGAGAUGGGUACUUCCCAAAGGAGCAUUGUCACAUGACCAGUUAUCACAACUCCUAUUGGUUUACGUCGGGACUGCAGCUGAUAUUGUGGAAUUUUAUGAAGCAUUUAACGAAGAGGCGGUAAAAUAUAAUCCGUUGUUGAUCUACAUUCUCUUGGGUAUUUGGACAUUGAGUCUGUUCCAGUUCACGCUAGUCGUCACGGCCACGAGAGCAAGGCGAGAUCUUGUUGGUGUUCCGAGUAGUCUGAUCAUGGCGAUGCAGGACGAAGCACCCAGUUGCUGCAAUCCGGAAAUCUAUGGAAUUAUCGUGUCAAUUUUAAUGCAGGAUUGUCCUUUCCUAGUGAUAAGGCUUCUUCUGAUAUUUUAUUAUCACGUUGUUAGUUAUACAAACAUGUUUUUCACUUCCAAAAACUCCUUAGUAAUUCUGUUACUGCUCUACAGAGUGAUUGUCAUUCAGACUGAUUCCGACAAAAAGAAAUCUCGUUCCUCGGGAUCUCGCGAGAAGAGCACGGAAGAGCUUCAAGUUAAAUGUAAUAGGGAAAUACACAAUCUUCUUCACGGCAGUUUGAGUGCUCCGAAUGUCACCCAGGUUAAUGGCAAUCCCGCCUUCCGGUCUUUCGACAGUCUGCCACUCGAUGUCACAAUUGAUGUCGUUAACGAAGUCAAGGGCGGGAAAAGUGGUCGUUCAGAAGAGAGCAACAUGGAAGAAAAUAAAUAUUCGCCAUGCACUGAAAAUAGCAAUAUAACAAAGUGAAGGCAUGGACACAACGA